AUGUGUGUGAAAUGUCACCAGGUCGGUACCGGGUAUAACCUGCCGGGGGACACCACUGACGGCUACCCGUCGGCUUCCAAGGCCGCCAUGAAGGAGCAGUGUUUGUGCGAGGAUUUCAGUCGGCCAGGCACCGCGCUGGGCGUCCUCUCGCUGGCCGCUCUGCUGGUGUACGCGCUGACAAGCACAUCCAACAACUACCAGGCGGUGGCCAACGCGACGGCCACGGGACGCGCCCGGGCGGACGGCGCCCAUUACCACGAAUUGGCCAGUUUCUUACUGGAUCAGACGCCGAACGACGAGACGAGAAGAACGAAUAUUCUCAAGAUAUCCAGCAAUUUAACUGAAGUUUUUGAAAGCUUGAUCGCUCCGCCAGUUAACUGGAAGAUGCAUCCUGCUGAGAGCCACCGUGUACGCCGGCACCUGGCACCAUCCGUCAGUCCGGUGUCAACGUCUGGAGCUCGGAGGAGCACCUCGUCUCACCUCAGACCUCAGAGGAGACCAUGCGCCGGCAAACAAACCUGUCUCAGCUCCCCGCUCCAGUCCCCCGAGUCUAAGGAGCGCACUUCACUGAACUCGACUGGUCAGCUCACGUUGCCCUUGAUGUCGAGGCACAGAACCACACAUCAAGGAAGUGUCAGUGUGUUAUCGAAGAGAUCGCGUCGGCGUGAGGCAGCUGAGGCUAAAAACAACCCCAGUGGAUGGCAGGUGGCACGCAGGGCUCCAAGACGCCGUGGAGCGUUUGAGUCUCGCGGCCGGCCGGUUCAACGACACCGCAGAGUGGACGGUCAAACACCGCUAGCCAGACACUCACCCGGCCACAAGUCGUGGAAGGCACGCUUUAAAACGAUCAUGGCCAAACUGGGACGCAGCAUCCGCGGCAGCCGCCGGCCGAAGGGUUACAACCACCACGAGUGCGACUGCCCGGAGCGCACCGGGCUCAAGGAGCUGCUCGGCUUCCUGCCGAUCGCAGUGGUGCUCGGCUACACCACCACUGUCUCGGCCUCCGCAGCGGCGGGCGGCACCACCUCCGGCGGCGGCAGCACCACCUCCGUCACCGUCAGCGGCGGAAACACCGUCACCAGCACCAACACCAACACGCCAUCGCUCACCAACACCGAUAACGACGUCAUCACGGUCUCUGCUCAGGCCAACCCGCUCAACACGCUGACCAACACGGCGUCCAACCAGGACAACGACAUCAUCACCAACACGGCCCGCCACCUGGGCGCGGCCGCGGACUUCAGCACGCCGCCGACACUCUGGUCUCUCCUAGUGCCGCCUCGCGUCGCACACAAACGGACAUCUGGAAAAGUGCGGCUGCCUUCCAGGACAGGUUCCAGCCCUCUCCCAGAGAUUCAGGAAGCACUGCAGGAGAGGGUGGCGACUACGGGCGAGCUGAUCUCUGGCCGGGCAGUGCCACGCUCCCUUCCAGCAGUGCCAGGAAGAGCCGUGAGCGGCACGAUGAGACGACCACCCAAUCGAGAAGCUGACCACGGGUGGCGCCGUCCCGACCUCGGUCACCCAAGCCGGCCGCAGCGAGACCACAGGCCUACGCAUCGGCAGCUUCCUGUCAGCGGUGGUGAGGACUCUUCUCAGUCUGGUGUCGGCGCGCAGCUGGCGCCACGAGCCGUGCUUCCAGCGCCGCCUGUGUGACCUGGUGGCCAGCUCUGGGGCGGACCGGCCGCUGCUCGCCAUCGCCAGCGUGCCGGUGAGCCUGCUG